CUUUUGCGCUCCGGUUGCGCAGUUUGUAUCCAGCAAGCAUAUUGAACGAUCGGUUUUCGUUGCGAUUGCGGUCGAUCGCGAUCACGUCAGAAGAGUACCAAAGAGCUGUGGGUAAUUCAUACAGCUGAAAGCGACGACAAUCUGUCGGGUCUCGCGCGGCGCGUUUUAGUGAUUGUGUCUAUCUGAGAGUAAAAACGUUUGGAUUCAUUCGGUAUCCAAUAUCGGUGGGUUGUGCGGUGCAAAUGUUCGGAAAAGUGCAAUUUUGGGCGUGAAACUGUGCGGAUCCGGAAAAUCUACAAGGUUGAAUCGGUCGGUGGUGGUGUGAAUUUGAAAAUUGCUCAGAUCGUUCCCGGUUUGUGGUUGAACCUGACCGUGGAUAGUGAUUCGGAAUAGUCGGUGGUGGUGUUCCGGUGAUACGGUUCAUAUUGAAUCAAGUGAAUUUCCAGACUUGAUAUUACAAAGUAUCAAAUAGCAGAAUUUAUAUUGAUAAACAGCAAACAUGACUGAUGCUUUACUCGCUGAUCUGCAAAACACCGUCCCGGGACACAAUCAACACGUUGGCGGAUCGUCGGUUCCCGGUUAUGGUAGCUUGAAUGGCGCGCGAAAUAAACAGACGCCGAGUCCGCAAACAUAUCAAACAUCUUCCAAAACUGUCACAGAAACCCGGUCUGCCAACGGGUACAAUGGAUCUCUACCGAGAUCCACAACGCCCCAUCAGAACUCGUUGCCACGAUCCAACACACCCCAGCGACUUCAAACUUCCACUUCGGGUAACCUGUCGGAGUUGGAUUCGCUGUUGCAAGAUCUGAGUAGUGCCCGUUAUGGAAAUAUUGUGGAAAAACAUACACCCAACAAUGGAACAACUAGUCCUUCACCGUAUGCCAUCAACGAUACCAUCAAGCGGCCCUCUGUGGACAGUCUGCUUGAUGAACUUAGUGCGGCCAACGCCAAUCCCAUCUAUGCGGUGCCCUAUGGGAAUCAAUCUCCCAAUCCACAGCCGCACCCCGGGCGACAGGUCACUAUUACAGUGCGAGAAACUACUACCGAGAAGAUGACUGGAACUCCGAGUGCCAACUACCAGAAUCAAUUGUACCAACAACAGGUAGCUCAAAACGAGCAGUCCAACUACGCUUCGUCGGCCACUAAGGAGCUGGAUGAUCUAAUGGCCUCACUAUCCGAUUUCAAGAUCACGUCCGGAUCCCAUCAGCUCCAGUCGGUGACGGAUUACGCGAAGCCAAACCAGGGAACCGCGCACUAUCAGAGCACUUUGACGACAGUGACCACGACGGAACAGUUGCCACCGGCAAGUGACCAGUUGGAUUCCAUGCUCGGAAAUUUACAGGCCGACAUGAGCCGCCAGGGAGUCAAUACCACCCAGAAGGGGUGCUGCAAUGCAUGCGAUAAGCCCAUCGUAGGGCAGGUUAUAACGGCCCUCGGCAAGACUUGGCACCCGGAGCACUUCACUUGCAACCACUGCAACCAGGAGUUGGGCACCAGGAACUUCUUCGAGAGGGAUGGAAACCCCUACUGCGAGUCCGAUUACCACAAUCUGUUCAGCCCACGUUGUGCCUACUGCAAUGGACCGAUUUUGGAUAAAUGCGUAACGGCGCUGGAGAAGACCUGGCACACGGAGCACUUUUUCUGCGCCCAGUGCGGCCAGCAGUUCGGCGAAGAUGGGUUCCACGAGCGCGACGGCAAGCCGUACUGCCGUAACGAUUAUUUCGACAUGUUUGCCCCCAAGUGCAACGGGUGCAACCGGGCCAUCAUGGAGAACUACAUCUCGGCACUGAACAGCCAGUGGCAUCCGGACUGUUUCGUGUGCAGGGACUGCCGUCAACCGUUUUUCGGGGGUUCGUUCUUCGAUCAUGAGGGUUUGCCCUACUGCGAGACCCAUUACCACGCGAAAAGGGGAUCCCUGUGCGCCGGGUGCUCCAAGCCCAUCACCGGCCGGUGUAUUACGGCGAUGUUCAAGAAAUUCCACCCGGAGCAUUUCGUGUGCGCCUUCUGCCUGAAGCAGCUGAACAAGGGCACCUUCAAGGAGCAAAACGACAAACCCUACUGCCAUCAGUGCUUCGAUAAGCUGUUCGGAUAAAGUGGGUAUGGUCGUAGGUCUAUGUGUCUUGUCUAAACGUUCAUUCUAUGUUCUCUGUUCUAUUCCGUGGUAUUGUUUGGGUUUUGUGAUCCGUCGAUGUGUGCAACGGUGUAUAAGCACAGACAUAGAGCCGUAACACUGGAAAAAUUUCCAUCGACCACCCGUUCAACGAUCAAUUCAAAUCCGCAAAUUUCAAAUUCAAAUUAUAAACCUCAUAACCAGAGCUGCGUGCAUCGUUUCAGACUAGCGCCCUCUGCAGGCCUUGUUGUGCAAAGCAAGAUUUCGUGAUCGAUCACCAGAUGAUGAUUGUGUGAAAUUAGCGAUGGGAUUGAACGGAAUUUAUUCUGAGAGUUACGUCUGUAUGUCUGUGGUAUAAGUAUUUCUUCCGCUGCGAGACGUCCAUUCGUUUCCAGCUAAUUUAGAUUAUAAUUUAGAUUACGUUAUUUUCUGUUGGCGUAACUUGAUUGAAAUGUUUACUUAACGGCAUCGAUAUGUGGUUUUCGCGGAGGAAUGUUCUGCGAAAUGCCACGCCCCUGUCUGUCGGACGCGGGAUUAGAUUGUUUUAUUGUUUUGCUGUUUUAACACAUUUUAACUGUAACACGCAGUUAUAGUGCACUGAAGAUGCGAAUAAUGAUAUUGACACGUUUGGCUGCAUCAGUGCAGGCCAGUCAAGUAUUUAACUAAAUCGAAUGUCAAGGCGGGAGGUGCAAGUGAGGACUGUAAACUUAAUCAGCACCGCAACUUAAAACUAUUAAGUCAAUCUGUAGUUUAACUGAAUGAUAGGAAUAUUGCAACAGCAAACCAGAUUCGAGUGUUUGUCAACUAAUACAAUAUUUACUGAAAUUAGGAUUAUUCGAAAUUGAAAAGAAAAAUCGUUCGGCAACGUGGAAUGAACAAUUAUUGAUCUUAACAGUUUCUAGAAAUGGUCUAUCUAAAAUUAUAUAACAUGUUUGAAAACGUUAGUGAGCAACGGAAAAGUUUUACGAAGUAUAUAAAUAUUAACUACACGAAAAUUAAAAACAUUCACAUAACACAAACGGACACGAAAGUUCGACUAUGGCGUUCAAUCCAUCGUCAUGCAUCUGCCAACGAUUAUAGGGAAAUAAAACUAAACUAGAAAAUGGAUCGAUUCUCUAACUCUUGUAUUAAACACACACACAUACAAUUCUAAGCAGUAAUUAAAUGCUUCGGCAACAGUUAUCACGUGCGUAAAAAGAUAA